ACGAUAAAUGUGAGUUCACAAAGAAACUAUUUAUUGAUUCCAAUAACAAUCCAGUUUUAAAAGCAUUUAACUGUUGUUUUAAGAGCUCAAUACAUAUCAAGCAAUGGUAGGAUAUGCCUAGUUGUGUUGUGAGUUUUGAUUCAAGAAAUGGCAGAUGCAGAGAACAAUACUCACAAACCUCCGAGAUGGUCCCUUAAUGGAAUGACUGCUCUUGUCACCGGUGGAACUCGCGGAAUAGGGCAUGCCAUAGUGGAGGAGUUAUGUGGGUUUGGUGCCACUGUCCACACUUGUUCCAGAAACCAAACUGAGCUCGAUAGGUGUUUGACAAAAUGGCGCAGUGAGGGGUUUUUGGUUUCUGGGUCUGUCUGUGAUGUGUCAUCUCAACCCCACAGAGAGAAGCUCAUUCAGGAAGUCACUUCCCUCUUCAAUGGCAAGCUUAACAUUUAUGUGAACAAUGUUGGUGUAAACUAUAGGAAACCAACCAUUGAGUACAAUGCUGAAGACUAUUCACAGAUGAUGGCAGUCAAUUUAGACUCUGCUUACCAUCUGUGCCAACUUGCAUAUCCUCUUCUAAAGGCAUCUGGAAUGGGAAGCAUUGUGUUCAUUUCAUCUAUUGCUGGUGUGGUCAGUGUAGGUACUGGAUCCGUCUAUGCAGCAUGUAAAGCCGCAAUCAAUCAGCUUACAAAAUAUAUGGCUUGUGAAUGGGCUAAAGACAACAUAAGGAGCAAUUGUGUUGUUCCUGCCACUACCAAUACACCACUUGUUGAGCAUGUAAGGUUCUUCCUUCCUAAUUCCUAUUUUAUUGGAGUUAGUUGCUUUCCUUUUGACUGCAAAAAAUUCAAAGAUAGAUUUACGUUUUUAAGUUUUUUGUUUUAUGUGUUUGCUAUGCACAUCUUUUGAAGUCGUUGAAAUUAGGAAAUAGAUUGGUGGUAGUUUUGUAAAUUGAAAUAAUAAUAAAAACUUAAGUAAUAAGGCCCUAAACAUCCCUAGUGACACACCAUAUCCUCCGAAGCUUACAGU